AACUCUGUGAAGUAAAAUAAAUUAGAUUCAAGCAGCUGUAACUGAGCUUCCUAUCGGAUUAUUGUGCAAGGUUCCCUUUUAUUUCCCUCCACAGUGGAUAAUGCGUGUUCAUUGUGAUUUAUCUGGAGCCGGUUUCUUUUACACCCUCAGCUGAUAUAAAGUCGAGCUAGGACUGAAGCCGGAGAUUUGGGGAGCAUCUGGGAGACAGCCUCUACAGUCCAGAGAGAAUGAAACAGUCAGAAACAUAAGCAACCGCAUGUGUCAUUGACGUCCCUGGUGAGUGAUCGAGGCUCGGGCUCUGGCAGGACUGUGAACAUUUGGCCAGCUUGGUUUGGCCGCCUGGCAGAGAGUGUGUUCUGAGAAGCAAUGGUGAUGAGGGCCUUUGUCCUGUUGGCUGUCUUUGCAGAAGCCUCUGCAAGAUCUUGCACUCCGAAUAAAGCAGAUGUCAUUCUCGUGUUUUGUUAUCCCAAAACCAUCAUCACCAAAAUCCCCGAGUGUCCUUACGGCUGGGAAGUGCAUCAGCUGGCGCUUGGUGGGCUGUGUUACAAUGGGGUCCAUGAAGGAGGUUACUAUCAAUUUGUGAUCCCAGAUUUGUCGCCUAAAAACAAGUCCUAUUGUGGGACCCAGUCCGAGUACAAGCCCCCGAUCUAUCACUUCUACAGCCACAUCGUUUCCAACGACAGCACAGUAAUCGUAAAGAACCAGCCCGUGAACUACUCCUUCUCCUGCACCUACCACUCCACCUACUUGGUGAACCAGGCUGCCUUUGACCAGAGAGUGGCCACUGUUCACGUGAAGAACGGGAGCAUGGGCACAUUUGAAAGCCAAUUGUCUCUCAACUUCUACACUAAUGCCAAGUUCUCCACUAAGAAGGAAGCCCCUUUUGUCCUGGAGACAUCUGAAAUCGGUUCAGAUCUGUUUGCGGGAGUAGAAGCCAAGGGGUUGAGCAUUAGGUUUAAAGUGGUUUUGAAUAGCUGCUGGGCCACACCAUCGGCUGAUUUCAUGUAUCCUUUGCAAUGGCAGCUGAUCAAUAAGGGCUGCCCCACAGAUGAAACAGUCCUUGUACAUGAGAAUGGGAAAGAUCACAGAGCCACCUUCCAAUUCAACGCUUUCCGGUUCCAGAACAUCCCCAAACUCUCCAAGGUUUGGUUACACUGUGAGACAUUCAUCUGUGACAGUGAGAAGCUCUCCUGCCCAGUGACUUGUGACAAACGGAAGCGACUCCUUCGGGACCAGACAGGGGGCGUCCUCGUAGUGGAGCUCUCCCUCCGUAGCAGGGGAUUCCCCAGUCUCUAUAGCUUCUCAGAUGUCCUCUAUCACCUCAUCGUGAUGCUGGGGAUUUGUGCCGUGUUGUAGGGGAUCGCCAAGCAGGCAGUGGCAUCUCCUCCACCCAACAUCAUCUCCUGUGUUGAUGACAAACUCCCAUUUAUUGUGCUGCCAACAAGAACACACAGAAGAACAUACCAUUGAGGAGCGGAGAAUAGCGCUUUGCCAAUUACGUGUUCCAAAGAUUUUUGCGCCUUUCAGUGAUUGUCUUUGGUGCCCUCCUUCCUCUUGUGACUUCCUGUGGCUCUGAGAUCCUACAGUCUCUCUCUGGCAGCUGGCCGAGAAGUCUCCUUUCCCCAGGCUCAAGUCAGGGCUGCAGUGGACUCCUUUGAAAGCCAUUCUAAUUUUAAAACACUAGCACACCCAACCAAGUGCAGCUGAACAUUUUGACGAGAAUGUAGGGCAUAACCACCAAGUCAGUGCUAAGUACAGAAUGCACAGGAAUAGCCAAUUUUGCCAAGAGGGCGCCUUUGUCCCUGAUGUUGUGCAAUGCUUAUUUAAGAACCAGGGCUGAGCCACCAGGCAGGGGGUUCCAAUCUUUCAAAUGAUGAUAUGUGGGAAUCAGAGUGGAAUAUAAUAGUUUUGCUUAAACCUGAGUAUUAUAAAAGAAAAUAAUUCCUGAGAGGCCCCCAGUGCUAACCUAAUUUGUUUUUAUUAUAGUGUUUCUUCAAUAUGUAUAAACAUUAUAGAGGUAUUAACUGACUCAUUUUUAUAUUUGAUUGAUUUCUAAAAUCAAAAGAAAAUUACAGAUGAAAAAGGAAUAAAGCUACAAAAAGAAUGAAACUCACAUCAACAUAAAUUUAACCUCCUACUGUGGCACUGCCUAAAUGAAACCUGCUGCUGGCAACAUGACUCUGGAGUGACAUCGGUGACAAGGUCUCUGGAGUUCCCAAUCCUACCGUAUACCUUGUGAUGCUCGAUGCUCUCACUAUUUGUUUUCUACUUGAUUUAAGAAAGCAUCAGUACCAAAUGGACUGACUUCAUUUAGCCUUUACUUUAACAGUGAAGCAGGUAUCUGUCUUUGUCUCAUUAACUUCUGAUCAUUAGAAUGGAACCCACACACACACACACACACACACACACACACACACACAAGUCAGAAACACACAUGCAAAAACAGCCCGUGGAAUCGCGUGGUGCUGCACCCUGAUAAUACUGCCACCCCAGUGAUCCAGAAGACGUUGAUUUUAAUGAUGUACAUGGUCAACAGGAUAAGAAAAGUAAAUGAACCAAUCCUCAUAGAGAACUGGCAAAUCCUUAGAAGCUAGAAUGUGCUAGAAAAAGCCAGAGCUCUACUUUUUCUUCCUUCGUCUUGUACAGACUUAAUUAGUGGCCUUAUAAUUUGAAAACACAUCAGUUUGUAUCUCCAUGUUUAAUGUAUUUGAGAAGUUUUGAGAUCUGUAGUUUGUUGGGGCUUUUACAACCGUGUUAAGAAACUGAGAAAUGCAGCUAGUUCCCAAAUUUCUGAUCACAGGGAGUAAAUGUUUAUUUAGCAACAGACUAGAUUCAAGUGACUCAAGGAAGCUUAAACUGGUCUCAAAGCUGGAGUUCCAACUAGUUUGGGAUCUCUUCUUCCUGUAAACUCAGAAUUUUUAUAGUCAGGAAGGACAAAAGACAUAUUUUAUUGGUUCUAGUCAAAAACUCUUAAAUAGCAUAGAGACAUUAUCAUAUAUCUUUGGCCGUCAGAGUAAAACAAUGCUGUAUUAGUUUUGCUUUAUUUUAUCAUAUUGUUUAAUGAUCUUGUAUCUCCACCUGGUGCUAUGGAAUAAAUAAAAUGCCUUAAAAUAAUUAAACUACGGCUACAGCUUACAGUGUUAAUAUGUCAUAUUGAUAGCCAACUC